AUGCCGGGACGAGAUCGACAGGUGCGCCCGGAACAUUCCGACGACAGCCAGGCCGGGGUCUGGCGCGGCGAGGUGGAGGCGGUGCAGGCGCUGCUCUCUGCGGGCGCUGACGUGGAGCCCGACCCCGGCGCGGUGGACGGGCUGGGCGGCGGCCAGGUGGCCCGCGUCGGCGCGGGCAAGUUCCACAGCGUGGCGCUGGGCCGCGACGGCGCGGUCUGGACCUGGGGCUGGGGGCGGGGUGGGCGGCUGGGCCACCCCGAGGCCCACAUCCAUGGCGGGUCCAGCGCCGUGCUGGCCCCGCGCCGCGUGGCGCUGCCGGCCACGCUGCGCGUGCUGGGCCUGGCGGCGGGGAAGCACCACACCCUGCUGCGCGGCGAGGGCGGGGAGGCCGCGCGGCCGGUGGCCACGGCCAUCGCCGCGGGCGCGGCGCACAGCUGCGCCCUCACCGCGAGCGGCGUGGUGCUGUGCUGGCGCUCCGCCGACCCCCUGCUCCAGGCGCGGGAGGUGGGCGGCGCGCUGGCCGGGCGCCACGUCGUGCACGUGGCGGCGGGGAAGUACCGCACCGCCGCCGUCACGCGCGACGGCAGCGUCUUCUGCUGGGAAGGGCGCGCCGACUACUUCCCCGCCGGCGCGCGGAACGCGCGCGAGGGCAAGCGCAGGGCAGCGGGGGUGGCGGUGGGAGAGGGCGCCCAGCGCGGCAGGCCCGUGCAGGUGGGCCCUCAUGCGCGCGUCCUGGGCUCCUCCCCCCUCGGCACCUCGCCGACGGGGAGGUCGCUGGGGUCGGCGCACGCGCCCCAGGCGGGGUCGUAUAUGGAGCGCUUUGCGGCGGGGCGGCAGCACGGGCGCGCCCCGAACGGCGCCUCCCUUCACGAAGGCGCCGGCGGCAGUGCGCCCCGGCGCGGCGACAGCAGCCCCCUGCUGGGGACCAGCCCGGGGUCCAGCCCCGGUCCCGCCCGCCUCCUGGGCACGCCCGGGAACGCUGGCGUUGGCGCGGCCGGCGCCGAGGGCGACGCGCCCCCCGAGAUCCUGCCCGAGCGCGUGAACCGGCUGCCCGGGGCCACGGCGGUGGCCGUGGGCGAGAAGCACACGCUCGCGCUGCACGAGUGGUACACCCUGGAGCUGCCGGACGCCGACGGGGAUGGUGGCAGCGGCGGUGGCUGCACCGAGCGCAAGGGGGCGGACGCGUGUCGAGGCGCCCCAGCGGCGCUCGGCGCGGCCGGCGAGACCGCCGGCGGCGAGGCAGACCCCCCGGUCGGUGCCGAAUCGGGGGAUGCGCUGGGGGCUGCCCGAGCCACGUGCCCUGGGGCCCCUGGGGCCCCCACGCCAAGUUCCAGGGACGUGGCAUCGAGUCCUGCGCAGGGGGGUGAGGGCGAGGAGUCCAGCACCGCGCGGGGUCCGCCCCCCCUGCAGCACCUCUGCGAGCGGCUGGUGGGCGCAGCCUACGUGACCCCGGCCAGCGCGCUGCGCGUGCUGGGCACGGCCGACAGCAUGGGCGCGCGCCUGCUGCGCGCGCACGCGCUGUCUGUGGCGCUGGGCAGCCUGCGCGCGUGCCUGGCGGCCGACGCCGCGGGCCUGGCCCGCCUUCCGCCGCAUGUCCUGGCCGAGAUGGGCGCCGCGCUGCGGGCCGCCGACCCCCUGCCCACCCCCGUCCCGCUGGGCGCGGGGUCGCCGCCCAGCUUCCGCGCCGCCGGCGAGGCGCUGGAGGAGGCGGCGCGGGCGCGGCUGGCACGCACGCUGGCCAAGAAGCUGCAGCAGUGGUACGUGCCGGAGGAGGCCGUGGCGCCGGUGCGCUCGAUGGCCGCCAUCCAGAAGGAGGAGCACGCCAUGAAGGAGCUGGCGCGCCUGUACGGCGCGGGCAACGUCCGCAUGGCCCCCUCCAGGAGGCCCGGCGCGGAGUGA